AUGCAUCCCGCUGAGGAGCCCGAUGAUCUUCAGAGUUCAGUUGUGGCUGCCAUCGCUUCUGCAGGCCAAGUCGGGUGGGCGAGGCCAGGAUUAGUCGGGCCGUGCUGCGAGAGGCACGGCAGGUGCGGCGGGAUUUGUGUGUUCCACCUAGCAGCCACCAAGAGCUGCGUGGUCGUCAGGGAGGGCGACACUGCGGGAGGAGAGAGCAGCAGUAGGCCGGACGUGGAUGGCGCCCAGGUGCGGGCUGUUGAGGUCCCUGCUGAAGGUGCGGGUCGUGGGAGCAGAGGAGAGUAUCCGCUACUCCCGAGCCGGUUGCUAUAUCGGUUUGUCCCCAUUAAAAGGGCGUGUAGGAGGGGGCACGCGGAGGCGGUGGAGUUCUGCCGCCUGCACCCCAGCAGCAUGGAAGGAACACAAGACCGGGAGAUGGCCUGGAGGUAUACAACACCAAUGUCUGCUGGGGCGGGUCUGGAGACAAGGCCGGAGCGGGAAUGCCCGCGGGUUGUACCCGCAAGCACGGCAGUGGCCGUGGCUGCCUUCUACCAAGAGCGGGAAGGGGGCAGCGAACAUCAAGGCGCGUGGGGUACCGCGUGCACUCUACAUCAUCAGCUGGCGGGGCCCGGAAAUACGUAGCUGUGGGAUGGUGGAGUUCAAAGACACGAGAAAGCCGUCGUGUGCCUGUCUGCUACACCGCUACACCGAGGAACGUCGGGACGCCGAGGGACGUCGGGUGUGGGCGGGUGGGGAGGGAAGCAAAACGGACCAGCCGCGCGGUGGAUUUCCGCGGGCACUAUCUUCAUUUUGGUUGGUACCGGAAUGUGUUUUAUUUUGUUUUUUUUUCUGAUUCUUUUGUAUGUGGCGUUUAGCAGUAAAGGGCGAUAACUUGUAUUGCACGUGAAUAGUCGCAAGUGAGGCGCUGUUGCGGACUUGCAUAGAUCGCUGUUAAUUGCUUGUUGAAAUCCAUGGGUGUUUCCGCCGCCACAUGCUCGAGUUUCACGCGUCACCGCUUGUUUUGUGUUCCCUGUGUGGCCUGUGUGGUUGCAGAAUAAGGGAGGGUGGCGCCGUGCGUGGGUUUUUUGUUUUGGAGAGUGUAAUGCUCGGAGAGUUUUGCGCCCGGUCUGCAGAUAUUCUGCAACGUGACAGAGUUAUGGUCGUCCUCUCAUGAUUGAGGUGGAACUAUUUCGAUCUUGCAGUUAUUGGAUGACGGAGGGCGUUGCCUCUUGGGUGUUGUUGGACUCUAUUUACGGGAGGAGUUUGGUCGUGUUUCCACGAUGUUGCAUGUACCAUGUGUCUGAUUUGUUGAUUGAAUGCUGGACGAUCGCCACGUGUAUUUGCUUCUAGGCAACCAAGUGACUGAGUAGUCUGGUGAAUAAGAUCAUGUAACGAGUAAGGAUACGCCGGGAGUUCGAAACUCACCAGGCGUCGCCUUUGUUCAAGGAAUGAAGAAAGGAAAGCGCCUUUCCGAGAAGGGGAAAGCGACGCGCGUUGUUUGGCACACUAGAGAGGGCGUAUGAAGUCGUCCCCAACUACUAGGCAUGUGUUGCGUAAGGAAGGGCAUACGGCGUGUAGACUAUCAGUGUUAUUCGAGGAGCGGACAAUGAAUAUCAGGUGCAUCGUAGGUUGCUAUUUUGGCCAAGUUUGUUGUACGACCUCACCAGAAGGGUAGGGGCGUGCUUGAUGAUUUGUUUUUGUGCUGCGCAGGGAGGACCUUGUCGAGUCAGCCGAGCGUGGCGUAGAGAGCGAGCCGGGGGCGGUGGUAGAUAUUGUCUUGCCUUGAUGUUGCAGUACGGCCGUUGGAAUCUUUCAUGAUAUGAACGGCGUGAAGGCGUUGAGAUUUGUAAGGGGUUUUGAUCCGAUGGCGGGUUUCCCCUUGUUUCUGAUUUGCGUUGUUUUAGGUGCUUUUCGGAUGUACUCUUCGACGCACGAGUGAUGGUUAUUCACUGGCGUAAAGAACCAAGGGAGGGUGUUCGUGCGUGGAGGUAGAUUAGUCGGAUUGUACCAAAUCACUGGCGGUUUCGUGUACCGCAGAUGGGAUUGCCUUGAGGGGCGGCUAGGAGAGACCUUGAGAUACGAGUUGCGGGCCCCCUUUUCGACUGGCUUUGGGCCUGGCACUCUUCCUCCCUCCUUCUCCCUCAUGUCCCCCUACGAUAAUACAUGCCGUUAACAACACUCUUUGGACUCUGGAGGUUACACAACAAGGGCAUACCAACAGGAACCACGUCACUGUUGUUGUGGUUGUUGAUGUCGUGUUCAAUGAAAAGCCGGGUUCUGUUCGUGAGGUGGAUUAUGCCAUCCUUACGAAGGCUACUGUGGUGAUAUCCAUGUGUGGGUUUGAGCUAGAUGCAAUUGCGCAAGCAGUGGCUGUUACUCGUUCUUGGAUCUUCGGGGUAUCUCCGAUCAUAUCUUUGACAAGUUGUCACGUGUUCCGCUGUCGCGUGUUCCGAGUCCCGAAUGCGUCUAUACUACGAGGAAUUACUUGCGGCUGUUGUACGAGUGCCUCGAUGUUUGUGAUGCAUCCUGGUGCUCACUCUCUUCCGUUGCUUGUGUCUACGAGGACAAGCAAUGAAACGACUUUACCAUCUCUUCACAUUGUCAACCGGGACAACCGUGCUCAUCCAGCAGCACUCGGCUUGGGGCCAAUCAACACUCUAGAGUUUUUGUGGCGUUAACGCCAUAGUCUAGUGCGGGAGACACACACGUCUUCGGAAGACUCUGGGAACUCUCUCGGGGGCGAGGCCGGCCCGACUCAUGAGGAGCCUAGGACGGCCAUCGACGACGCCGGGGGCGACGCCAGCACCAGACUGGAGAGGAUGGUGACGGAGAAAUUGGAGGGCAUCAUGGACACCUUGUCCCGUUUAGUGCCCGGGACACCGCCCGCCGGAAGUGCGACCGCAGCAGGCGGCGGGGGGGAGUCAUUGGGGAGGAUGCACGCCUUCCCUGGCGCGGGCCAGUUGGACCACGCGCCGAAUACCGGACGAGGGCUCGAGGGAGCGAGAGGACUGCGAGGCCCGGAAUCACGAGAGCCGACACCAUACGGUGCUACCUGGCGAGAAGGAGUCAGCAGAGAGGAGCAAGCUUCACGGUAUGCUUUCAGCCCGCAUGCCCGGAUACCACGUCUUAAACAGUUGGACGUCAUCGGAGAUGAAAAGAACCGGCUGAUGUUUUCAUUACGCAGGUGCAGACUUGUGAAUGGGUCGUGCCUUGAGUGACAGCAGAGACAUUGUGGUCCUAGGCAUAGACGAUGAUGGCUGGUAGAGCAGGGGGUGGAAGUAGGGGAGAUGGCCACAAACAUACCGGGAUCUGUGGGGGAUGCUGACCCGAGUGAUCUUCAACAACUCCACAAAAAGGCUCGUAUUUGCAUGGUUCCCCGAUGCGCUUUCCCCGAAAUCUGAGAUUCAACAGCAACAGCUACUCGCCCAGAAAACACUCGAUGAAGAAGAGAUUUUAAGAGUGCUUCGCUCACGGGCUGGGCAACUGCAAGCGAAGGAAAAGAAGGGGAAGAGUGAUCGGCGAGCGAAUCAUCAUGCGUUCGUAGCAGUAGAGGGGAACGGGAGAGGGAAGAGACGAUCGACACAAACCAGAGGGGACGAAGAUGCGUACCUGGCCAACGAUAAGAAGUCAGUCAGGUGCUACAUCUGCGAUGGGGACCACUUUGCAUAUGCAUGCCCAGAG